AGCUAGCCGCGCAGCAUGCACUGGGGGGUUGGCUUUGCCUCGUCCAGGCCGUGCGUGGUGGAUCUGAGCUGGAACCAGAGCAUCUCCUUCUUCGGCUGGUGGGCCGGGUCCGAGGAGCCCUUCUCCUUUUAUGGGGACAUCAUCGCUUUCCCUUUGCAGGAUUACGGUGGGAUCAUGGCAGGGCUGGGCUCCGAUCCCUGGUGGAAGAAAACCCUUUACUUGACUGGGGGAGCUUUGCUGGCCGCAGCUGCGUAUCUGCUCCACGAACUCCUGGUCAUUAGGAAACAGCAAGAGAUUGACUCCAAAGAUGCUAUUAUUUUGCAUCAGUUUGCAAGACCUAACAAUGGUGUCCCCAGUUUAUCUCCUUUCUGUUUGAAAAUGGAAACUUAUUUAAGGAUGGCUGACUUACCCUAUCAGAACUAUUUUGGUGGAAAACUCUCUGCUCAAGGGAAAAUGCCUUGGAUUGAAUAUAAUAAUGAAAAAGUUUCUGGCACAGAAUUUAUAAUUGACUUUCUGGAAGAGAAACUUGGAGUGAAUUUGAACAAAAACCUUGGCCCUCAUGAAAGAGCCAUCUCCAGAGCGGUGACCAAGAUGGUGGAGGAGCACUUCUACUGGACGUUAGCUUAUUGCCAGUGGGUGGACAAUCUCAAUGAGACCCGGAAGAUGCUCUCCCUUAGUGGUGGUGGUCCCUUCAGUAACCUGCUGAGGUGGGUCGUGUGCCACAUAACCAAAGGAAUUGUGAAACGCGAGAUGCACGGCCACGGCAUUGGCCGCUUCUCAGAGGAAGAGAUUUACAUGCUGAUGGAGAAGGACAUGCGGUCUUUAGCGGGGCUUUUGGGUGAUAAAAAGUACAUCAUGGGGCCCAAGUUUUCCACUCUUGAUGCCACCGUCUUUGGACACUUGGCACAGGCUAUGUGGACCUUACCAGGGACAAGACCCGAGCGGCUAAUCAAAGGGGAGCUGAUCAACCUCGCCAUGUACUGUGAGAGGAUAAGGCGGAAAUUCUGGCCCGAGUGGCACCAUGAUGAGGACAACACCAUCUAUGAGUCUGAGGAGAGCAGUGAAGGCAGCAAAGCCCACACCCCCUUGCUGGAUUUUAGCUUUUACUCAAGGACAGAGACCUUUGAAGAUGAGGGAGCAGAGAACAGUUUUUCCAGAACCCCAGACACGGAUUUCACUGGACACUCGCUUUUUGAUUCUGAUGUGGACAUGGAUGACUACACAGACCAUGAACAGUGCAAGUGAUGUCCAGCCUCGCUGAUUCCCUUCCUUUGGAGCUGCCACUCCCUGGGAUCAGUCCGGUUUCCCAGGUAGAAAUUCAUCCAAGCUGGGAGGAAGUCCUCAUGCUUGGCAGUUUCUCAUGCUAACUGGACUAUAGCCGCCUUAUUUCUUUUUUGUACAAACAAAACACAACAAAACAAAACCAUUCAAAUGGCUUCAUUGAAAACAAA